UUUGAAAAACAGCGUUUUAUUUAAAAUGAUGAUAAAAUUGAAAUAACUAUUUUGUUGAGUAUCUUUUUAUAUAAGAAAAUUUGAUAAAAUUGAAAUUUAAAUCGAAUCAUAUAUUUUCUUCUUUUAUAUCUUCUCACCUCCAUAACGUUUAACUUCCCUGAAUCAUAUUAAAUAUAAAUAUAUGAUUUGAGUAAGUUUUAGAUUAUACAGAGAAGGCUCGGAUAGUAUAUGUCACCUAUUUUUACUAUUUUUUACCUGCUGUGGCAUCGGCAUUUGUAAACAAAACAAGAAAAUUACCUAAAUAAGUUAUUUCUUUUUUAUUAACAGGACCAACUUUUUCAGAGAAAGAAUUGUUAAUUUUUCUGUGUUUGUUUUCUCAGUUUAAUUUACUAUUUAGCCGGCAGCUAUAUGUUCUAAUUAAUGAAAUUUCUAAUAACUAAAAGGUAAUUUAUGUUAUUUUAAGUGUAUUUUUUACUCUAUUUUAUUUGUUGCUUCUACCAAUGAAUAAUAAUGGAAUCAGAAGAUACUAAAAUAUUUAAACAUCAUAAACAACAAGAAUAUUGCUUGACUAGGCCUUUAUAUCGACAGGGUAGAAGACUAACAGCAGUAAAGGUCUACACAAUUAAUAACGAAUCUCAACAUUUAUGUAUUUAUGGCGUUCCAUCAAUUGGUUUACGUAAAGAACUAAAAAAUUUGUUGACCAAGUAUGGCGAAGUCUUAAAUUUAAGUUUGGUGCCUGAUGUAGAAACAGAAAUAUUUACGGAAUGUUUUCAUGCACAUUUCAAGCGUAUUCAGUCUGCUAGAGUAGCUAAAAGAAUAUUGGAUACCAGAUCUUUUUAUGGAGGUUUGUUACAUAUUUGCUAUGCACCAGAACUUGAAACUGUGGGGGAGACAAAAGCAAAGCUGUUACAAAGGAAAAAAGAUGUAUUAAAUAGACUGCAAAACAACAGAUAACAGUAAUUUAUAGAUUAAGUGUAUUUAAGGGUAAACCAAAAAAAAUUACUAUUUAUUUUAGUAAAUG